AUGAAAAGAUUCAUUGGUGGUUUAUUUCUCGUACUAAUCUUUGCCACUGUUGCCAUGUGUGCCAGCAGUGAUGCAUUCGACACCUUGAGUGAUUACAUCUCUCUCGCAGACUCCCUCAGAGGAGGUGGUUCUUCAGGAGGUGGAGGUGGCAGAGGAGGUGGAUCCGGUGGUGGUGGCAGAGGAGGAGGUAGCUCUGGAAGUAGAGGAGGAUCCAGCAGAGGAGGAAGUAGCUCUGGAAGAUCAAGCACUGGAGGUAGAUCAAGUACUGGUGGUAGAUCAAGAAGUACUGGAGGAAGAGUUUCUGGACCUGGUCGUUCACCAACUGGACCUUCUAGAUCAAUUGGUGCAACUAAAGGUGGAAGAGUUGGAGGAAGAGUUGGUGGAAGAGUUUCUGGACCAGGUAGAUCACCAACUGGACCUGCCAGAUCAAGAGUUGGAAGAGUUUCUGGACCAGGACGUGCUCCAACAUCUGUUUCCAUUCAAAGAAAUGCCAUUCAAAGUAGAAUUAAUGCUGCAUUUGCUGGAUUGAGUAAGGUUUCUACCAAUCCUGCCUUGUCAGCUGCUCUUUCUAGAUAUGCCUCAAUGAAAGCUGCUUCCUUGAAAGCUCCUUCAGUAACUAGUGCAUUAUUCUCCAAGACUCCAUUGGGUCCAGUGAGUACUUUCUCAAAGGUCAACCCAUCCUUGCCAACCAACAAGUUCACUAAACCUGCAACUGUUGCCAAUGUUCCUAUUCCACAACCUCGUCCUGCCAAUUUGGCCAAACCAGCAACUCAAACUGUUGCUGCUACUACCAGUGUCAAGAAUCCAAUUAAUCCUGCUGGUGUCCAAAGAGUUGCUCGUAGUAAGCAACUUACUGGACCACAAGUAGCUCAAAAAGCAAUUAAGGAAUUAGCUGCUGCUGGUGUUACUUUAUCAGCCGAUCCAAAACAAAGAAUUGCUCAAAUUGCUGACCAAAUGGCCAACCCAGGAUCAUUACACAAAUGUGCUGGUUAUGUUGCUGCUGCUGUUGAAGCUGCUACAGGAGUCUCUCUCAGCAGACCUGCCUCAGCUGAAGCUAAGGAUUACGGAACUACCAUGGCCAAGGCUGGAAUGAAGUCAAUUCCAAAUAAUAGCACUCCACAAAUUGGUGAUGUCAGAGUGAUUGGACCAUCUCCAACCAAUGCCAAGUACAGUAUUGGUCAUAUGGAGACCUAUACUGGACCAAAGAGUGGAUGGGUUUCUGAUUAUGCUCAAGGAGUAUCUGCUGUUGAUAAUCCAAAGAGUGCUUAUCAUGGAGCUUCUGUUUCUACCUAUCGUUUCUAA